AGUAAACAUGCCUAAAACAUGUGACUUGAUAGAAAUGAAAACAAGUCAUUCUUUUGCUGAAUAGUUCGUUUAAAUUUAUUGACACUUUAUUUCUAAUCUUCAAUGAAUUUUGGCCUUUGUCCAUGUUUCGGGCUUUUAAUCAGAUCUAAUUUUAAAUCUUAUCCACAGUUGUCAAGACAUUUUUCAGCCAUCAGAGUACUUGGUAUCGAAUCCACUUGUGAUGAUACUUGUGCAGCAGUUGUAACUAGUGAUAAACGUAUUCUUAGUGACGUUCGUUUCUCUGGAUUGAAAUUACAUGUAGCUCGAGGUGGCAUACUUCCGACAACUGCUCGUGCUAAUCAUGCUACAGCUAUAAAUGGUGUUGUUAAAGAGGCUCUUGGUAAAGCUGAUUGUACAAUUAAUGAAAUUGAUUUUGUUGCUGUAUCUUACAAGCCUGGCUUAAUAUUGUCACUUGGAAUUGGCGUUGAUUAUGCUCGUCGACUAUGCCUAAAAUAUAAUAAGCCAUUAAUAGCUAUCCAUCACAUGGAAGCUCAUGCUUUAACAGCUCAUUUAAGUCAUUCGGACAUUGAUUUUCCCUUUCUGACAUUAUUGAUCAGUGGAGGACACACAAUGCUUGUGUUAGUCAAGGGUGUUGAUGAGUUCUACCUUUUGUCUGAAUCAAAUAUUUGCCCCGUUGGUGAGUUUCUGGAUAAAAUUGCGCGACAACUGAAAAUAAGAAAUUUAGGCCCUCCGUAUGACUCAGUCUCUGGUGGAAGAGCGCUUGAGAUUUUGGCAGAAAAAGGGAAACCCAUACAUUACUCUAAUUCAUGGGUUGGUGGAAAGUCAAAUUGUUUCAAUUUUAACAUUAACAAUUUGAAAGGAUUUUGGCACAAUAUAAUCAAGAAUGCAAAAAUUAAUAAUCCUAAUCUACCUGUUGAUAGUCCUUUACCAGAUGUUGCUGAUAUUGCUGCUGGUAUCCAGAGAUCAAUUGUUUAUCACAUUGGUUCCCGUAUUCAGCGAAUAGUUAAAUAUUUGGAAGCAACAAAUAUGAUCAACAUUGUAAAUAGUGAAAAUCUUAGUAAAUUAAGAUUAGAUGAUCUUCCUUGUAAAAUUAACUACUUAGAUCCAAAGCCAGUUAAACUGAAAUUAGUAAUUAGUGGUGGAGUUGGCUGUAACAAAUAUAUUGUUGCAAAAUUGAAAGACUAUUGUGAUAAAAUGGAUACAUUUUAUGAUGAGACAAAAAUAGAAGUUGUGGCCCCUUCACCGAGGCAUCUCUGUACAGACAAUGGAGUAAUGAUUGCCUGGAACGGUAUUUUAAAAUUGAUACAUAAGUGUGACAAUAAUUGUGUUAAUAAUAUUUUGUUAAGAGAGGCUGACAUCAUGUCCCUGGAACCAGUCCAUGAAGCUCAACUUGGAGAGGAUGUAAGACAAUUAAUAGAUACCUCGUGGAUUGUUAUAAAACCUUUACAAAAGGAAUCAAAGGUUGUACCAAAAAAUGAGGUUAAAUGAAAAGGCAAGGUAAAGUCAAUUACAUCGUCAUGAAUUUGAUUGGUAGAGAUAGUAGUGGUAAUAAUCAGCAUCAUGAUCCUUGCUCAUCAUUGUAUAAAUAUAAUAUGAUAAGUUACAUAUAAACAUCUAUUGCAUCUUUCUUCCAAACAAACGUUAUUGAAGUAAAACUUUGUUUUUUUCUCGUUGAAGUCCAUUACUCUACGCUUUCUAUUUGCGAUAUUGAAUCCGAUCCCCGUCAAAAUGCAGUCAAGUAACAGCCCAAAUGUGAUGGUGAAAAAAAGAUGCAGUUGAUCUUCGUUUCCAAAGUUUGUAAUUAA